AUGGGACUUCGCCCCUUGGUUAGAAGAGGCCGCGCCGUCUUCCGUCGCUUUCGCGAUGAUGAGGCCACCAGCUCCUCGGUUGAGCAGAGCUCCGUCGAUCAGUCUACCGUUGUUCAAAGCUCUACCGAGGGCAAGACUGAUACCGAUGCCGAGAAGGUGUCGCCUAUCUAUAACCAAAAUGAGUCCGAGGCGGACCCGGAGAAGCCCAAUGCCGCUGCCCAGCAUGGUGUUCGGGAUGCCGAAGCCAUCACCCUCACCUGGACGAAGGCUACCAUGAUCUUCGUAUUCAUGAACAUUUGGUUCCUGUACUUCGUCAAUGCCUUCCAGUCGAGCGUCUACGGUAGCUUGAGCAGUUAUGUCGCCUCGUCCUUCCAGGAGCACUCUCUGUCUGGUGUUCCUACCGCUCUCGCCGAUGCCGCCAGUGCCGCCACUUACUUGCCCGUCGGACGGAUGAUGGAUACCUGGGGCCGUGCUGAAGGUUUCCUGGUUAUGACCAUCUUCGCCACCCUUGGUCUUAUUCUCAUGGCCUCUUGUGACAGUUUCUCCAUUUACUGCGCUGCCGUGGUGUUCUACAGUGUUGGUUUCGGUGGCAUGGAGUACUCCAUUGACGUGAUCACUGCCGAUAUGACCAAACUGAAGAACCGAGGUCUGGCUUUCGCCUUUACCUCCUCGCCUUAUAUUAUUACCGCCUUUGCUGGUCCUAAGGUGGCUGAUCGCUUUUAUUAUGAGGUCAACUGGCGUUGGGGCUUCGGUUGCUGGGCGAUCAUCUUUCCCAUCACCGCCGCUCCUCUGUACUUUGUUCUGAAGUCUACUCUUCGCAAGGCCGAGAAGCAGGGCCACCGUAUCAAGGAGCCUAGUGGCCGAACCUUCUUUGAGAGUGUCAAAUAUUGGGCCUUGGAGUUUGAUAUCCUCGGUUGUUUCAUUUUCACCGCCGGCCUUGUUCUCUUCGAGCUCCCCUUCGAUAUUGCCUCCGAGGCCCCCAACGGCUGGAGUACUGGUUAUAUCAUCGCCAUGCUGGUCAUUGGUUUCUCUAUGCUCUUCUUCUUCGGUUUCUAUGAGGCUAUGAUCGCGCCGACUCCGCUCUUCCAAUGGCGUCUUUUGACCGAUCGCACUGUCCUGGGUGCCUGUCUUCUAGAUGCUACUUACCAGCUGUCUUACUACUGCUGGAAUAACUUCUUCUCAAACUUCUUGCAGGUUGUCUACGAUCUCAGCAUCGCCGAGGCUGGAUACAUCUCCAACACUUUCGACGUUGUUUCUGGUGUCCUUCUCCUUCUGGUCGGAUGGGUCAUUCGCAAGACUGGCCGCUUCAAGUGGCUGCUCUACAUCGCUGUCCCUCUGUACAUCUUUGCCCAGGGUCUGAUGAUUUACUUCCGAAAGCCCGGCAUGCGCGUUGGCUACCAGGUCAUGUGCCAGAUCUUCAUCUCCAUGGGCGGUGCUGUCUUCAUUAUCUGUGAGCAGCUGGCCAUCCUGGCUGCUGUCGACCACCAGCACUUCGCGACUGCUCUGGCCCUUCUCAACGUCGUCGGUACCAUCGGUGGCUCCGCUGGUUACACUAUCUGUACCGCCAUCUGGACCAACACUUUCUACAAGGCCCUGUCCAACUACCUUCCCGAGGAGUCCAUGUCCAGCAUCGACGACAUCUACAACGACAUUAACACUCAACUUGAAUAUCCCAUUGGAAACUCUACCCGCAGUGCCAUCCAGCAAGCUUACGCCUACUCCGAGGUCCGUCUGCUUGCUACUGGUCUGGGUAUCAUGGCUCUGGCCAUCGCCUGGACCAUGAUGAUCCGCAACAUCGAUCUCAAGAAGGUUCCCCAGGUCAAGGGUAUGGUCUUCUAA